AUACGAUCGGUGGCGUGCACGAGACGUUGGCGGCCACAAUGGUUCAGCUGCGUGCGCGCUCCCGUAGUUAAGGAUCAACAUGGCGCUCGCCGCCGGAUCAGGAGUUAAAGUUCCCCGCAAUUUCCGGCUACUUGAAGAGCUGGAGGAAGGGCAGAAAGGUGUGGGGGAUGGAACAGUGAGCUGGGGACUGGAGGAUGACGAGGACAUGACUUUAACACGAUGGAGAGGAGUCAUCUUAGGCCCUCCUCGAACAAGCUACGAAAACAGAAUGUACAAUCUGAAGGUUGAAUGCGGACCAGGAUACCCAGAAUCACCCCCGUUUGUCAGAUUUGUGACCAAGAUAAACCUGAAUGGUGUGCACACCUCCAAUGGUGUGGUUGACAUGCAUGCGGUGACUGCACUGGCUAAGUGGCAGAACUCCUACAGUAUCAGGACGGUGCUGUUGGAGCUGCGACGGCUCAUGACCUGCAAAGAGAACAUGAAGCUUCCUCAACCACCUGAGGGCCAGAUCUAUACCAACUGAGCCCCGUGCUUCGUUUUUCUCCAUAUUUCCCUACUCCUUACCCCCUGUCCCACCCUCCUUUGUUGGCUAACUUCCCUUCAUUACAUUCACAUUCCACUGGCUAAGAGAACACAAGCAGAGCAGAAUACCCCAAGCAUACAUGAACAAUUACAGACAUGCAAACACUCGCACAUACAAUACACGAUUAUCCACAUACACACAAGUCAUUCCAAGCUACUCGUAUCCUCUCCCAUCACUGGAUCCCUGGGUGAACUCGACAUGAGCAGGCAGUCCACACCAGUUGUGAUCAUUGGAAUACUGUACAUCUUAAUAUUUUUUAUGAUUUGUGGAAAAUGGCUGAUUGUACUAUAACAUAAAUAAUCUUAUUAAGUGUA